GAUGUCUCCGCCGUGGGCCGGGUGCUGGAGCGCUCGCGCUGCAAGCGGUCCGGGGGCUGCGGGGCCUGCGAGUCUGCCCUGGAGGCCGCGGGCUUCUGGAGCGACACGUCGGGCAAGCGGCGAGUGUCCGACUCGGACGCAGGGCGCUCAUGGGGCCUGGUCUCGCGCCUGGCCCCGCGGUCCGCGCGGGGGGCAAGGCUGGGGCUGAGCCCGCCGGCUGUGCGACCAUCCGCUGCAGGGCGCAAGCGGUGGCAGAUAGACGUGGGCGGCUGCAACGAGGUCGACGACAGCGGCAGCACCGCGAGCGAGCAGAGCGGAGGCAAGCGCGCCGCCCCGAAGCGGGCGGCUGCGCUGAGGAAGAAGGCCCGCCAGCGGCGGUCGAAGUUCCUCUCCAAGGCGGCGACCAGGGCCAUGAAUGGCGGGCUCAACUUCCUCGAGGCCAGCAGCGUCACGAAGCCCGUGCGGGAGCGGUGCGAGAGGGGCGUUGUGGAGUUCAUCGCCUACUGCGACCGCCCCCUGGCCAUGGCGCUGAGAUCGGCCGCCCAAGUGGACGAGGCGCUGCCCCAGUAUUUCAACUACCAGUUUUUCCAGGGCCACGGGGCGGCCAAGGGAGAACAGGUCUUAGCUGGCCUCAUGUACUCGAGGCCGGAGUUCGGCAAGUGGGGCUCCCAGAAGCUGCCCAAUGCCUGGCGAGCGCUGCGAGGCUGGCGCAAGCGGGCGCCCGCUCGCAGCCGCCAGGCGUGGGCCUUGGGAGUCUGGGCCACCCUAGCGCGGCGCCUGGACGCGACCCAGGGGCUGCUGAUGUGCGCGCUCCUCGUGUUGCGGAG